UCACGAAUAGUUACGAUGGAAUACACACGCCAGUAAACGUCUGACGUGUAAGAAAAGUAUUGUGUAUCGAAAUAAUCCAAGAUGUUGAAAUCGUGUUGGGAGUGCCUUGGGGGAAUUGGAAACGGGGCGCCAGCCGAUGAGCCAUAUAACAGUUUGCAUCUAAACGGGAACGGGACCGUCGGCGUUGGUAGUCGAGCUCCGCCUUGGCCUGUACCACGAAAAGCGAACGAAAAAAUGUUUUUGUUACCAAAGCAAUUGGAGCCACAUGACACAAUUACCAUCAACUGUGAAACUACUUCAGAACCAACCAGAUUAACGUUUGGGUUGGUAACGGGAUAUGACGAACCAGAUUCUGACAAUCUCGCCUGUCAAUUAGACAUGAACUUUACAGAAUCACAGAAUGAAGAUACAUCAUUACAACUAACAACAGUUUAUCAGGGCAAUACCAAUGUUGUGUUUACAGAUACAGCAAAAUCUUAUUUUGAUGAUACCAAUUUCGAAAUGAAGUUCAUCUUAAGAAAUGCUAGGGAUAAUGGAUAUGUAUUGGAUGUACAUAUAGGAGCAUCAUAUUUGUCCUCCGUGCCACUAGAACAUGACGUAAGCAGUAUCAAAUUUAUAACUAUAAGCGGUGAUAUUAAGAAAAUAGCUAAACUAGGUUUUGAAUUUGGAUAUAAUGAUUAACA